AGCGCGAAGACGUCGUCUGCUUGUUAUUUUCGAGCUGCUCUUUCUUCUCUUGCCUGGGCUCUUUGUUUAUUUUUUUGUUUUCGGCUUCGAGUCGCGUUCGAGCAGCGUUUAUUUUUAUAGCCUUUCCGCUGAGGGCUUGUGAUUGAAAUUCUGUGCCAGUACCAAUGCGGAUUAAAAGAAGUGAAAAACACUCGAGGAAGCAACUCGAAACAGUCACAUAAUUGGAGCCAGCGAUUCGAAACGACAAAGAUGGUCGUACGACCACAUCGUAAGCGCCUGGAGCUGAUCUUGAUGGUACUGAUCGGCAUGGCCUGGGGUAUUCUUUUGUCGGCGUUGACAAAACGAGACCGUUGGCAGUAUCACGGGAAUCAGCUGAAGGAGGAAAGCAGCCCGUUUCCAAGCAGUCACAGGAACACUCCUAGUCCCACGUCCACAACAACUCAUCCACCUCCGGAUAUCCUGGCCUCCCGUCUCUUUAACGAAACCCGAGUCCUGUGCAUGGUAAUUACGAGUCCUAAAAACCACCAGAGCCGUGCCAUCCAUAUCCAACGCACCUGGGGAAAGCGCUGCAACAAGGUGAUCUUUAUGAGCAGCAAGGCGGAUAAAGAACUGGGGUCUGUUGUCCUUAACGUGAGGGAGGGCUACUCGAACUCAUGGCCCAAGACGAGGGCAUCACUGGAGUAUGUCUAUAAGCAUUAUUUUGAAAAAUACGACUGGUUCCUGAAGGCAGAUGAUGAUACCUAUGUAAUAAUGGAAAACCUACGUGCCCUUCUGCACGCCUAUAGUCCGAAGACCCAAGUGUUUUUUGGAGAUAAAUUUCGAACUCAUAUAAAAGAGGGUUAUACGUCGGCUGGAUCUGCAUAUGUGCUGAGUAAAAUGGCCCUAUACCAGCUGAUAAAGCUGGGCUUUAGCAACAGCAGCAUUUGCACCAACCGCAAUUAUGGCUACGAGGAUGUGGAAAUAGGACGAUGUCUAAAGGCGGUGGGAGUUGUAGCUGGAGAUUCCAGGGAUGAGCAAGGAUUAAAUCGAUUCAUUCCCUUUUCACCUCUGAAUUGGUAUCCUCUACUCAACUAUACUCCGCUAAAUGCUACCACCGAUUGCUGCUCAAACACUGCCAUCUCGUUUCACUUUAACAACGCACUUGAGUUUUACAUGCUGGACUAUAUUAUCUACAAGUUACGAAUUUUGGGCAUUAACAAGGAUCAAGAUCAUUUGCCAACUAAAAAAAUAAUUUUGAGUACUAAGUCAUCUUGGAGCACUUUUCACACCACAAAAAUUGAGCUCAAAAUGGUAUCCGAAGAAAACACCACAAAGCCAAAAGCCACAACUAAGCCAAAGCCAAUCUUGUAAACUUUUUAGGACCAAUCUAGUUUAAUAUUGACUACAAGAAAACCAAAGAGUAAGACCAAGAUAUCGUAAAUGAUCAAUCCAAAACUGCUCCUUGAAUUAAGUUACUGAAUUGUAUAUGUGCCAAGUCUUAAAAUGUUGUAUCUUUAAUAAAUGGAUAUAGAUUAAAAUAUAUAUAAGUCGCGAUAUAUAAAGAAUUGUUAAACUAAAUUAAAACAUCAUAAGCUAUA